AUGGAUGUGGAGAUUGGUUUAAGUACGAAGGAAGCUUUUGCAAAGCUUUGCGCUGUAUUAGAAUUUGAAAUUGACAAGGAACGUGGACGUGCAGCUGGACCAUUUACAUUUAGGUUCUUAGCUCAUGAUGCAUUGACUACCGGAAACUUUUGUGUCAUUUAUGCGGUAGCUUCAAUUAUUUGUUGUCUUGUUUUGUUAAGUUGCAGUUUGCUUAGAGAUUGCACUUUACUCGACCAGCUUGCAUCAUUUCUAUUCUUGACUAUAUCAAUAUGUAACAUAUAUUGUUCAUUAAAAAUAUAUCGUACUGAAAGAUAUGCAAUUAUUGAAAAAGCCCUUGAUAUAUUGGAUAUUCUAAAAUCACUGAAAGUAGAGAACUUCCGAUAUGAAAAUCUUUAUGCGCCGCCAUCUGAUGCUAUCAGUUUACAAUGGACAUACAGAGACCACAAAUUAGUGAAUGUGCCAUGGAUGCUUUUGGUAGAUGGUGAUAUAAUACAACUUCGUGCUGGACAAUCGCCACCGUACCAAUGUAUAUCACAACAUGGUGACUUCAUUGGUUUGGGGGAUAAACCACGACUGCUAAAGAUACUUCCAUCAAAAUCAACAUUGUGGAAAAUUGUUGAACCACCUAUUGUUGACCAUAUACGCGCAGCUUUUCGUAACCAUCGCAAGAAACAUUCGAAUUUGUAUUUUUUUGUGGCGAGAGAAAACACUGUUCAUUUCUUGGUAGAUACAUCAGUGGUUCUUCUUCCUGUGUUGGGACCCAUGAUUCCGUCCUUCUGCUUGGUUGGAAAGUUAUGGAAUUCGGGCUUUGUUUUGGGUGACGAUUGUAAUCUGCGAUACAGCAAGUUAAGCUCAGAAGCCGCCACAGCUGGUAUUUUUCUUGAUAAAAGCAGAAAAGGAGCAGUUAUCAAUGGCUUUAAGGCGGUUUAUCAUUAUUUUAUAGGUCAUUUUCACAUUUCAAUGGAUUUCGUUUUUACAUGCGGUGGUCUCACAUCCUGUGCUUUCCUGGACAAGAAAGGCCUACUUUCAUGGCCAAAUGCAACAAUCGAAAAGGUGCUAUGUUUUCACGCUGAUGGCGAAGGUGAGGAACGAAAAUUGGUGCCAAAAAUCUUGGAUUUAACGACGAAUGGAGCUUCCCCUGUACAUUUCGAUGAUUCUUCAUGGGAGAGCUAUAAGGGAUCUUUACUGCCAUUCGGAAUUAGCAGUGUUGUAAAUGGUUGCUCUUUACUGCCAGAUUAUACAUUAUUCCUUAAUCACAUUAGCAGUAUUUCGGAAGCUGUGUCAAACACUAUUGCAAUUUCCAAUCGACACUGCUUAUGUCCGUUAACUCAAUUAUUAGGGAUUGGUGACGAAGUUUUAGAAAAGUUUAAUACUUCAGAUACAAAAACGAUAGGCUUUUAUAAGCGAUUGCAAAGAGAAAAAUCCGCUAAUGAACUACGGAAAUUCCGAAUGCCGUUAGAAAAUGCGUUUCUGACAAUUACGAAAGAUGCAACAUCAAAGUAUUAUCAUGUGAUGAGUCAGGGAACAGCUGAUUUACUGCUUAAUGCUUGCACUCAUGUAUGGUGUGAGAAUUCUCUAGAACCGUAUACACCGAAUUUACAUAAACGCGUCCUUGAUUUUUAUCAGCGCAACACAAUGACGGGAUUCUGUUUGGUUCUUGGCUAUCGAACAGUGGGCUGCACGAUUUCAAAUACUCUUAGUGGAAGAUAUAUUGAUAUUUCGUUACUAAAAAAAUAUGAAGUUAUAGAAAGGACUUCAAUUCCAAGGGCCGUCAGUCUUGAUAUGGAGUUUUUGAAAGCAUUUUAUCGACAGUCGCCUUUGCAUACCGCUUAUGAAUGCUUUGAAGAAGUAAUGCAUGGGCAAACAUUAUGUGGUUUGCUUGUCCUACAGCACCAAGCUCGAAGUGACGUCGUUCAAUUGGUGGAACAAUUAGAUCAUGCUUGCAUUCGAUUUAUUUACUUCUCGAAAGAAAAUGAAUUGCGCAGUCGAGUUUUUGCAGAAAAACUGGGUUUAGAAGCAGGAUGGAAUUGUCAUAUAUCAUUAGCUAGCGAAGAUGAACACUCCGAAGUUCUUGAUGUUGACAAAUAUUCUUAUGGACAUUCAGCAGAGUUAGCAUUACAUCGUUCAGCUACUUGGUCUGGACAUUUUCCACUAGAGCAAAGACGUUCUUCUAUCUUUUCAGUAGGGAGUAUCUUCAGAACUUUUAUGCAAGUCUCAAAUCGAAGCAAAGCGGAGGAAGCUUCAUUAAAAAACAGUCAAAGUCAUCAUUCAGUGUUUUCAUAUAGUGAAGAAACAGGCGUGGAGUUUUUUCCGAACAAAGCAAAAUUACCAUCAGGUGAAGCAUGGAAUAGGAGAAUCAAGAAUAUACGUCCUCACUUAGAGAAUGUUGAUAAUGUGCCACUCUUGGUUAAUCUUUUCACAGAUUGCGACCAUUUUUCUUGUCAAAGAAUGAUUGAAAUAAUGCAGGAUUAUGGUGAAGUGGUACUUGUUGUUGGUUCAUCGUUAAAUUAUUUCAAUUGCAGUAUCUUUGGUCAGGCAAACUGUUCAGUCACUAUUGAGCCGCAGCAUCCUGCUUUAUGUAGCAAAAAAAUUUUCCAGAAUGACAACGGAUUGAAAUCAUCAGUUAUCGCUACAUUGCUUAUGGGACUGUGUUGCGAUAUUGUUGUAUUUCCAAAUCAGACUUUGGACCUUAUUUCAUUGAUCUCAUUUUGUCGACAUCAGUUAGGGACGUUUCGUUCUUCCUUCCUAUUUUUUAUAUUCUCAUCGACAGCACUUGCGCUGCAGCAAACUUUAGCUUUGUUAUUUCUUCCGAAUGUCUUAUCCGUUUUUCAGGCCCUAUUAUUCAUAAUUUUAUAUGUACCAGUGUUAGCCUUAUCACUGAUGGCCUCACCGCGUGGCUCUGGUGAAAAUCGUGAUGAAAUAGCGCCGAAAAACAUUUCCUCAGCUCCGAAACGUGUCAUUCGUCGUGCGAUUAUUUAUUUCUCAAUAAAUUUUCUUCCGUCUCUUUUCGUCGUCUGUCUUAUUUAUUAUAGCACCGUCGUGAUAACUAGAAAAAAGUAUGAAUAUCAGAGAAGUUCCAACUAUUCGUUUUAUCCUGCUAAUCAUGCCGUUAUUAUUGGCCAGCAUGUUGCUUCUUUUUAUUUGCUUCUUUACUUAUGUACGUUAUCAAUGGGUUUUGUUCAUUUUCGUGAUAACUGCUGGGCGAAAUAUCCACUGGAUAAUUAUUAUUGGGUAGCCGUAACAUCUUGCGUUAUUCUUAUACAGAUCGCUUAUACAAAUCUUUCAUGUGGUUCAUUGUUGAGUUAUAUUUUUGACUGCAACAUUUGGGUUAUAGUAAUCUCAUUUUUUUGGGUAACUGUGAUUAUUGUUAUUAGCGAAUUGUGCAAGCUUUAUUUAAUCAAACUUCAUUAUCGUGACCAACGGAGAAGAAAGCUUGACUUCAAUACGAAAUUGGGCAUGAAUUCACCAUAUUAA